AUGAGGUCAGGUCACUAUAAACACUGUUAGCAACCGUAGCUUCCAUUUACAUAUCAUCAUUACUACAAUUAACAACGCUUAUUUGGGUGCCAAAAAACAAACACUUUAAUUCACAAUUUGGCUAAUUAAAAGGUGUAGUAAAAAGUGAAAAUAUAGUACGUAGAAGUGCCAAAAGAACGCUUUGAGUGUCUGAAAGUUUUGAAGAUAAACAUGAAAGGAGAAAUACCAGUGUGUACAAGAUGUUGUUUCUGUUUCCCGCUACGACGAGGUUUGCUCGCAUGGGGAUAUAUAAAAUUGAUAGUUGACACAUUACACAUAGCAUUUGUUUCAGACAGUUUGUUGGAAACUAUACUGUACAGGUUAGAUGGCAGCAAUAAGCCUACCAGCUUACUAUAUACGGAAAUAACUAUAGCACUCGUACUGCUUGGCCUGUUUCUAACAGAUUUUGUGGCCACCACUGUAUUCGUCGUUGGGGGACACAUGAAAAACGUAAGGCUGAUAAGAGUGUUCUACAUCUUCUGCAUCGCGGUGUUUGUGUCAACAAUAUUGUUGUUAGCAUUGUGUUUCUCUCUGACGGUCUCAGACAUAUCAGUGGAAACCUUAUCACAUGAAUGGAUCAAUCUCGUGCUGAGCUACUCAGCUGGUUUCGCUAUUUUGGUUAUUCAAUGCUACUUCAUAAUGUUGCUGAGGAGUGAGAUCAUAAAGCUAAGUAAGAACUGUCAGUUCAGUUUUGUGAAUCACGCAGCCGAAGCCGCUUGUAGCAUGAAAUGUGGAGAUGUGGAAACAAUAGAGGUUACUCAAAGUGAGAAAGACGAACAAAAUGCACCCAGAAAUCUGUCUGAAGCAAUAUAAUGACUGAAAGUUACA